AAGUUCUCCAGUCAGUGUCGCGUCGCAUCAUUCAGAUCAAACGCUCAGACGCGCGUCACAGCAAGAGAACAUGAUAAUUGACAGAGUUUCUGAGGAAUUCUCGUGUCUUCUGGACCGGGACACCGAUGUUAUGACCAGCCCGGUCCACCUGUGGUCGUUCUACGGUUGUUCUUCUCCCACAGAACCGAACCUGUCUGCCGGGUCCCCGAACUCGGACUCGGACCCGGACCCGGACCAGAGCUGGAGCGAUGCGGGAAGCCCGCGGAACUCCGCCAACGAAGAGCGUAAACGGAGUCACUAUCAAGGUGUUCGAGUGAAGAACACAGUCAAAGAGCUGAUCCUGCAGAAGCGCCAUCACGACAUCCAGACUCAGCAAUAUCAAUAUGAAAGUGAAUAUCCAGCCGUGACUCAUUUGCUGCAGGGAACGAAGAGGCGAGCGGAGAGUCCGGCGCACUAUCUGGCGAAACGAGUCGCAGACGGAAACAUUCGGUCUGCAUGUGUUCGCGGUGAGAACCCGCUCUUCGACGCUGAGAUGCUGCAGGACAUCGGCGAGGUGCUGUCCAUCGAGUCCGUGAGCGUGAGCGGAUGCCCAGUGCGUGUGUGUCGUGAGUCUCUCUCUGGAGCUGAGAGUGUGUGUCGUGAGUCUCUCUCUGGAGCUGAGAGUGUGUGUGCUCCAGCUCGGGGUCCGGAGUCUCUUCUGGGCCUGUUCACUGAAGCUGAGAGUGUGUGUCGUGAGUCUCUUCUGCCCCUGUACACUAGCUGCUCUUACACACACUCCAUCCCAGCGCACACACACCAUGUGACCCCAGCCGUCCCAGUGUCCUUCUUCCAGUGGCAGAUCGAGCAGGAGGAGCAGAAACUGGCGGCUCUCAGUCCGGUGGAGCUCAGCACUCGAGACGGAGACGGAGACACGUUCUUGCACAUCGCAGUGGCUCAGGGCAGGAGAGCUCUGGCUUACGUCCUCGCCAGGAAAAUGGCCGCCAUUGACAUGCUGGACAUGAAGGAACACAACCAGCAGAGCGCGUUCCAGGUCAGUGUUGCUGCAGAUCAGCACCUGAUCGCACAAGACCUGCUUUCUCUCGGCGCUGAGAUCAACACCCUGGACUCCUGGGGCCGGUCCCCGUUACACGUGUGUGCUGAGAAGGGCCACGCCCCCACACUGCAGGCCAUCCAGAGAAGCGUGCAGACUAGCGGGAGAGCGCUCGAUGUGGAGGUGGUCAACUACGACGGCCUCACUCCUCUGCACGUGGCGGUGCUGUCCCACAAUGCAGCAGUGCAGGAGCAGUGUGUGUCUCAGAGUCCGGCUCUGCAGCAGAAGAGGAAGAUGCUCAGCGAGUGCAUCGGCACACUGAUGCUCAUGGGCGCCUCGCUGGAGGCCAAGGACCGUAAGAGUGGGCGCUCCGCUGUACAUAUGGCUGCUGAAGAGGCUAACGUCGAGCUCCUGCGCCUGUUCCUGGAUCAGCCCAGCUACUUCUCCGUCAUAAACGCAAAGGCGUUCAGCGGGAACACGGCACUCCACAUGGCUAGCGCUCUGCAGGGUCGCCAGGCUCAGGUGGAGGCGGUCCAGUUACUGAUGAGACGAGGAGCCGAUCCCAGCGCCAAGAACCUGGAGAACGAGCAGCCGGCCCAACUGGUGCCCGAGGGUCCACUGGGAGAACAGGUGCGUCGGAUCCUGAAAGGUAAAGGAGUGCAGUCCCGCUCCUGAACACCGAACACCCUUCGUCCCACAGGAAUCGCUGUCAGUCAGGCAGUCCGGAUCAUGUACAGAACCAUUUGCCACCUUCAGGCAGAUGUCGGUUGUUUCAAUGAAACAGUUUUAUCAUUGUUCACUACUGAGUAGUAGACGGCACAGGAAAGUGAGAGCAACGGUUCAGAGAAUCUGCCUGGCAAUAGAAGAGGGAUCAGUGUUUGGGAAGGUUAGGGUGGAUUAUUCCACAAGUAAUAAUAAAGAGGAAGAGAGUGAAGUCGUCAGAUUCAGUGACUGGGUUAAACAGUGAAUCUCCUUCUCUUGUUCAGUGCAGAUCUGAAGUCACGUUGCGUUUAGUGUGUAAAGGGUUGUAAACCAUAAUCUCCAAACAAUAUAACUAUAUGCGUAUUGUUGUUAUUUUUACUUUCAAGGUUUGCAUGUUAAACAUUAUCAACAGUCUCUAUCGGAGAUGGUAAUCAGUAACUUUAAACCAGUUGGACCAGAACGUCCUUGAUUGUUGACUCAAGGCGUGUUUCAGCAUGUCACUUUGGGACUUUCUUCCAUUGAUUAUUAACUUUUUUGUGAGGUCAUGUGAUUCUCUAGAAGUCCUCUAAUUAUUAUCCUGGAUCAAUAUUCAGAUUAUUUAGUUUGAACUGUUAUUCUCAGAAUCAAUAGUAAAACCUGCAUUAAAAUAUGGUUAAAGGUGUUUCUUUAUGAAAGCAGAGAGAUGGCGUCAGUGCAUUAUAACCGCUCGUAUUAAAGAAUCUGCAUGAUGCUUGUGUUUGUGUGGUGAUGGGUUCGUGUUCUGUGUGUAUUAUAGCAGGAGUGGGCUAGUGUUUCCCUGCAGGUCACUCGAUAUUCUGUAAGUUAGAUUUUUGUCAACUGUAACCCAACCUUAAAUAAAGUUUUGUUUUCCUCUGUUC